CAACCGCAGGACCUCGGAGAUAUUGAUUGAGCGUCUCCGUCGCUCCGCAUACUGUCCAUGUUAUACAUUCCGAGCGUUUUGUCUGCCAAGUCAUGAGAGUUCUCCCUCGCUGAGCAUUUGUUCAUGCCGCGCCGUUCCUCAUUACUCGCGAUUGUCAGCACCUAACAGCCGAUUCUUCACCGUUCCUGAGAAGCUGGCCUUCCAAGUGCCAACAGAACCCACAUCAGUCCAGUAUGAAGUCAUCGUUAGCAUCUGUCUCCUUCGGGGCUCUUCUCUCUUUAGCAUCCGUUUCUGCUGGCUUGCACAACGCUGCUGAGGAGCAAGAACCUCUGAGACAACCAAUUGACCCGACCAAGUACCGAGCAGCAUGUCCAGACUACAAGAACUAUGCCAUGCGAAAGCACCCACCAUACAGCAAAGGCCCAAUGGAGCUCCCGUUCCAAAGACCGGCAAAGUACUGCCGAACAUUUGAGUCGCCUCUUGUCGAAAAGGUUAUCCAAGACAUGAACGAGAAGAUAGUCGACAAGGAUCUCGCCCGCUUGUUUGAGAACGCAUUCCCCAAUACCUUGGAUACGACCGUACGAUGGCACGUCGAUGGCACAGCAAAGCAUAAGAUGUCGAAGAAGUCUUGGGACUCUGCUGCUUGGAAGGGAGCGCAGAGCUUCAUUGUUACCGGCGACAUUAACGCAGAAUGGCUACGCGACUCCACCAACCAGCUCCAGCAGUAUCAACUGCUGGCGAAAAAGGACAAGGAACUCUACCAGCUCAUCCUGGGUGCUAUCAAUACCCAAGCCGAAUACGUGAUUGGAUCUCCAUAUUGCAACGCCUUUCAGCCUCCUCCACCGAGCGGGUUGAGUCCGACCUUCCAGGGAGAUGGUGAUACCGUGCACCCAAUAUACGAGCAGUCAUUCGUAUUCGAAUGCAAGUACGAGCUGGAUUCACUUGCUCAUUUCCUCUCGCUUUCGAACCAGUUCUACAAUCACACUGGCUCUUCCGAAUUCCUGAACGCUCGAUGGCAUGUCGCUCUGGACACGCUACUUUCCGUUCUCUCCGAGCAGUCCAAGCCUACCUUCAACGCGAAGACUGGCGUCUACCAGGGAAACGAGUAUACUUUCCAACGACAGACGAACAUCGGCACCGAGACACUGGGUCUGAGCGGCGUUGGCAAUCCCUUGAACAGCGGAACCGGCCUUGUCCGCAGUGCUUUCCGCCCCAGCGACGACGCGACGAUUCUAGGCUUUUUCAUUCCAGCCAAUGCCAUGAUGAGCGUGGAGCUCAAACGCACAGCAGCCAUCCUCAUGGCCGCAGGUAAAAAGAACAUUGCACAACAAGUCCUGAAAUGGGGGGAGACCAUCGGCCAAGGCGUCUGGGAGCACGGCGUCGUCACGCACAAGAAGUACGGCCAAGUCUUUGCUUUCGAAGUCGACGGCUACGGCUCCCAUAUUCUCAUGGACGAUGCCAAUUUGCCUUCCCUGCUCGCUCUUCCGCUCUUGGGCUUCACAGACGCGAACAACGAGGUUUACAAAAACACCCGCAAGAUGAUUCUGGAGAAGAAUGGAAACCCAUAUUACCUGACCGGCGAGGACUUUAGCGGUAUCGGUGGCCCACAUGUUGGGCUGCAGAGUGCGUGGCCCAUGAGUGUGCUAGUACAGGCUAUGACUAGUGAUAGCGAUGAGGAGAUUAUGCGGUGUUUGGGGUCGGUGAAGAACGUUAGUCAAAAUGGUUUGAUACAUGAGAGUGUCAACGUGGAGUUUACGAAGACAUAUUCUCGAAGCUGGUUUGCUUGGGCAAACUCCGUGUUCGCACAGACGAUUCUGGAUCUGGCACAACGGAAGCCACAUUUGCUCUUCGGACCGGGUGCAGCGGCGUAUACACUCUGAAGACUCACACUGGUAGAUUUGGUACAGGUCAGGCGUUGGGACGGUGUCACUAAGAUGGUAUAGAUUGUAGCACGAGUAACUCAUUAUUAUUGUUCAUUCAAGUCUACCUGUCCAACACUACAAGUGACAUUAUAGCCUGACUGCUCUCCAACCACUACAGCCAGCACGGCUAAAAGGCAGAAUAUAUUACGAGACAUCCGCCUCGACGCCACGGCGGGCCAAGGCGGAAGUGACAUGCCAGCGCAUAUAUCUCUCCAUCUCCCGGCGGCCAACUUCCUCUCU